CUGUGACUGUGUCAAAUGUCAAUAUGUUAGGAAAAAUAUAUUCGCGAAAUUUCCGUACUGUUGUCGUAUCGCUUUAUUGUUUACCAAUUGAUUUUAAUUAAAUUUCAGUAUUAUCAAAAUGAAUAGAGACAAACGAGAACCGGAAUAUCCAGUAGAACUCGAAUCUCAAUUUAUUCUUAGACUACCAGAGGAACCUGCGAAAGUGUUACGCGAUGUUUUGAAAUCUGGUGAAAAUCUAAAAAAUCGCCUCACAAUACAGGUUGACAACGAAAUGAGAAACGGCGAAGUCAGAUUCGACCACUGGUUGAUGCAUGCCAAAAUCCUCGACCUACCAACAAUAAUAGAAUCACUUAAAACUAUUGAUACAAAAAGUUUCUACAAAACCGCGGACAUAUGUCAAAUUAUGAUAUGCAAGGAGGAAGCUGAUCAGCCCGUUGAAGAAGAAUCACCCACUAAGACUAAAAAGAAGGACCCGUAUAAAGUAGAUAAAAAAUUUCUCUAUCCUCACGGUGUAACACCACCAACCAAAAAUGUACGCAAGCGUCGCUUCAGAAAAACGCUGAAAAAGAAAUACGUAGAAGCACCAGAAAUAGAGAAGGAAGUGAAGCGCUUGUUGCGAGCUGACAACGAAGCCGUCAGCGUCACUUGGGAGGUGAUCAAAGAGGAUGAUGACCGUAAAGCAGAACCCAGCACACCCAAACCCAAACCUGAGAGGAAGAAGGCUGAACGAGCGCCUAAGAAGGAGGUCGUGAACCCUAAACAAGAAACCUCGAACGUCGUUGAUAUUUUCGGCGGAGCAGUGAGCGACAGCGAUGCCGAAGAUGACAACAUCAAUGUUGAAAUGGAAGAAAGUCGUCUAUCACCAUACAGCCGCCUCUCCGACAAUAGCACACUGCUCGGAGUGGAACAAAAAUCUUAUCCCGUUCAAUUCGAAUCACAAAUGUUUUCCAAACAAAAACAUGUGCCACCUAGCCAUAUGGAUUAUUCCGAAGACGAUGAAUAUUCUCGUGACAAAGAUAACAUGACUUUCCGAAUACAACAGCUGAAAGUGGAGCUUGACGAACUCAAGCAGCGGAGGCAGAGAACUCAGAAUGAAAUCUCCGGAAUGGAUAACCAGGCGCUUCGGCAGAGAUUCCAAGACACUUUGCACACUUUGAACCAGGAUAUAAUGUAUAAGGAGAUGGAAUAUCAGGGGCUUAUCACAUUGCAGAAUUCGGAAGACAUUUAAUUGAACAAUGGCUUUAAAUCUUUGUGUCAUAGCAAGUUUGAAUACAUUUCUUCCUGAAAAACAAAAACUGUCCAUUUUGGAUGAAAAUUUUAAAUCGAAUAGAUUUAUUUCGAGGGUAAGAAAAGCCAGGUACAAACCAGAUGAGUGUACUAUGGUGUAUUAUAUGAUAUUGUUUGUAAUGGGAGAGGCUUUUUAUAAUUUACUAGACACUCGUCCCGUUUCCAGAUAUCAAGAUUACUGUUUUAUCCAAAGGGAGCAUUUAAUCAAGAUAAAAAGUAUCCUAUCAUCCAAGUCAGCAUAUAUCCUGUCUGUAUAUCAAAAUCCGUUCAGUAGUUUGAGCAUGAUUGACGGACAAACAUCCAAACUUUCAUGUUUAUAAUAUUAGUGUGAUGUUUGAUAAUCCCUAUCACAUUGCAGUUUAAAAAUGGAUGAACACAUUUCUGUGGGUUGUAUUUUUUAACUGAUGUUCCCAAAAAGGUUCUUAGCUGGAGAAUAUACUGUCUUUUGUGUAAAUUAUUCAAUAACUGGUUUUCAACUAAUUGGUGAGAUCUUUUUGUGUUUGAUAGGAAAUUUUUGUCUCUUUGUCCCAUUUAGUCUGGACUGGAACCCCAGGCCAAUGGUUACUUUUUCAAAGAAAACAAUUAUGUAAUUAUAAGGCUUGUCUGAUAAUUGAAUAAUUGUUUAGUCGGUGCUUAUAUUAGAAGAGAAUAUAAGCAGUUAUUGAAGAUAUUAAAAUCGGUAAUUUUAAUCUCUAAAUAAAUUAUUUGUUUAUUAAAUGUAUCAAAUUAUUUUUGUAAAGUUUUUCAAAGUUGAUUGUACAAAUAAUGUGAUUGUU